AUGAAAAUACUCCAGGAUGAUAACAUUGAUAAUGCACUAUCCGUGUUUCGCAGUGAUAGGCAGUUCAUCGAUAAUUCAAACUCCGGUAUUCUACUUAGACCGCCAAGAAACACACGCGAAGACUCGAGCACCAACGACCGCCAAAAUGCAACGGCGAAUGCUGGCGUAAAGAUGUACAAUCUAGUGAUCCUCAUUAUCGACAUUGUCGCCAUGUUGGUACGAUGGAUCUUUCACACGCUGGAAUCAUUCUACCGGAUGGUGGUGCCACCGGCUGCCGAUACUGUGCACAACGAUAUCGUGCUCAUUACUGGCGCUGGUCACGGUAUGGGACGCUGCAUGGCCGUGCAGUACGCACAGCUCGGAGCGACCGUUAUCUGUGUUGACAUCAAUGAAAAGAUGAACUCGGACACAGUCGCCACCAUCCGUCAGCAGCGUGGUAACGCAUUCGGUUACAUUUGUGAUGUCACAAAUCGUCAGCAGGUCAUCGAGACAGCGAAGCAAGUGCAGCAGGAGGUGGGCGCCGUUACGAUACUGAUCAACAAUGCUGGCAUCAUGCCGACGCAUCCAUUGCUGCAGCAGACAGAGACAGAAAUACGCAAAACAUUCGAAAUUAACGUUCUGGCACACUUCUGGUUGCUGCAAAGCUAUCUACCCGGUAUGCUGGAGAAGAAUCGUGGCUACAUAGUAGCCAUGUCAUCCGUGGCUGGACUGUGCGGGCUCAACAACCUGGUCCCGUACUGUGGCAGCAAGUUCGCCGUACGGGGUGUUAUGGAGGCACUUGCCGAGGAGUUGCGACAGAAUGUGCGUAAACCACGCAUCAAAUUCACCACCGUCUACCCAUACAUGGUUGACACAGGACUCUGCAAACGACCACACAUGCGGUUUCCGACUAUGAUGCGCUUGGUAAAGCCGGAGGAAGCGGCCGCCGCCAUUAUUGAUGGACAACGUCGUGGUUUGGUGGACGUAUCGAUUCCCAAGUACCUGCUGUACCUGAACACCAUCAUACGCGUGUUUCCGUUGAAGGUGGGCACACUGUUGCGCGACUUCCUGGACAGCGGUGUCGAAUCGGAUCUCUAG